AAUGAAACGCAUUUAUUCCCCUGCCCAAAAGGAUACAUACAAAGGAUCGAUAUUUCUUUCUUCAGCUUAAAGGUUUCAAAGAAAACAACCACAAAAAACCUGUCACAUUGUCACGUAUCACAUUAAAUCUGUUAGUUACAACAUGCAAAUCUGGUCAGUGCAGAAAAGAAAAAUUGAAAAUGAAAAUGCCAAAUUAGGUCCAUUUUUAUUGACAGCCAACUGCAUGGCAAAAUGUACAUUAUUACUAUAACACACUAAAAUCGGUGACCCCAUGAAACAUUUAAUUUUUCCCUCACUUCUCAACCAACUUUAAUUGUGUGUAGGCAGCCGUCCAUUUCUUUCUUCUUCUUUCUUGUGCACAAAAUAUUGACCUCCCAUCUUCUUCUUCUUCUUCUUCUUCUUCCUGGAAUAAUAAUGAUUCAAUCAUCAUCUUCACUUAUUUGUUACUACUAUUACAAGUAGUUAGUCUAGUACUAUUAUUUUCUGCCAACCCAACCAAAAAAAAAAGAAAAAAAAUAAAGGCUAUAGAGAAAAUGGAGAUUGAAGGAGGAGAUAUAGAAAGAGGAGGAAUGAUGGAGUUAGGAAGAAAUGGUGGAGGUGUAGCUUACUUGGUGUGGGAAGAUCUGACGGUGGUUUUGCCGAAUUUCGGGCACGGACCGACGAAGAAGCUGCUUCACGGGAUCAAUGGGUAUGCUGAACCUGGUAGAAUUAUGGCUAUUAUGGGUCCUUCUGGUUCUGGCAAAUCUACUCUUCUUGAUUCCUUGGCAGGUAGGCUCUCAAGCAAUGUAGUCAUGACAGGAAAUAUUCUUCUAAACGGAAAGAAAAAAAGACUGGACUUUGGUGUAGUUGUAAGUAUAUAUAGAUAUAUAUAUGCUUUAUCUAUAUACAGAAGUUAGCCUUACAUUAUAUUGCUUUAUACGUUCCAAAAUAAGAGUAUACGAGUUAAACAACUGUUAAAUUUGGUAAAACAACUAUCUUAUUUUGGGACGGAGAAAUUAUUAGUACUUUUCAACAUGAUCUGCUACAGAGAGUGGACUGACAAAUCCAGUGUCUAGUUCAUUCAAUUUAUCUUCUACAUUUUCUUGAAUGAAUGUUAUUACUUAUUUUUCCAACUUUUAUAAUUUUCCAUAUCUUUUGAUGUUGAAAUGGAUGGUGUUUUAUAGGCUUACGUGACACAAGAAGAUGUAUUACUGGGAACACUAACCGUUAGAGAGACCAUCACUUAUUCAGCACAUCUUAGGCUUCCAGCUUCCUUGACUAAGGAAGACAUAAAAGGGAUCAUAGAUGGAACAAUAAUGGAAAUGGGGCUUCAAGAUUGUGCCGAUCGCCUGAUUGGAAGUUGGCAUUUGAGGGGUAUAAGUGGUGGGGAGAGAAAGAGAUUGAGCAUCGCGCUUGAGUUUCUUACCCGCCCUCGGCUCUUGUUUCUUGAUGAGCCAACAAGUGGUCUUGACAGUGCCUCAGCUUUCUUCGUCGUCCAAGCUCUCAAGAAUGUCUCUCGCGAUGGAAGGACAGUGAUAUCGUCGAUUCACCAGCCGAGUAGUGAAGUUUUCGCAUUGUUUGAUGAUCUCUGCUUACUGUCAGGUGGAGAAAUGGUUUAUUUUGGAGAAGCCAAAACGGCCAUUAAGUUUUUUGCAGAAGCAGGAUUUCCAUGCCCAAGCCGGAGGAAUCCUUCUGACCACUUCUUGCGGUGCAUCAACUCUGAUUUUGAUGUCGUGACAGCAACUCUUCGAGGUUCUCAAAGACUUCGAGAAACUGAUAAGUUAUCAGAUCCUUUCAGUAAUCUUUCAACCACAGAUAUCAAAGCAAUGCUUAUCCAAAAAUACAGUUGUUCAGAAUAUGCAUCAAAGACCAGAUCAAGAAUUCAAGAAAUUGCUAACUUGCAAGGCGUUGAGACGGACAGGAUCAAAGGAAGCCAGGCGGGAUGGUGGAAACAGCUAUUCACAUUAACUCAGAGGUCUUUUGUAAACAUGUGCCGCGAUGUUGGUUACUACUGGUCACGCAUUGGAAUCUACAUAGUUGUGGCCAUUUGUGUUGGCACAUUAUUUUACGACGUUGGCACAAGUUAUACUGCAAUAUUGGCUCGGGGAGCCUGUGGUGGAUUUGUAACAGGUUUCAUGACUUUCAUGUCAAUUGGUGGCUUCCCAUCUUUCAUAGAAGAGAUGAAGGUAUUCUAUCGAGAAAGAUUGAAUGGACAUUAUGGAGUUGGUGUGUUUGUGCUAUCAAACUUCCUGUCUUCCUUUCCUUUCCUAGCUGCAAUCUCUAUCAUCACCGGAACUAUUACAUUUUUCAUGGUGAAAUUCCAUUCUGGAUUUUCUCACUACGUUUACUUCUGCUUAAAUAUCUUUGGCUGCAUUGCUGUUGUGGAAAGCUGCAUGAUGAUUGUAGCUUCUUUGGUACCAAACUUCUUGAUGGGAAUCAUAGCAGGGGCUGGAGUGCUAGGAAUCAUGAUGAUGACUGCAGGAUUUUUCCGUUUGUUGCCUGAUCUUCCAAAGAUAUUCUGGCGCUAUCCAGUUUCCUUUUUAAGCUAUGGCUCCUGGUCUCUACAGGGAGGCUACAAGAACGAUUUGCUAGGAAUUUGGUUCGAUCCUUUGAUACCCGGCGAGCCAAAACUCAAGGGCGAGGAUGUGUUGACAAACAUGUUUGGAUUAACAUUGGAUCAUUCGAAAUGGUGGGAUCUUCUUGGCCUGUAUUGCCUGUUCUUGUUUUAUAGAGUUCUCUUCUUCGUUAUUCUCAAGAUCAAAGAGAGGACUACUCCAUUUUUCCGGUCUCUAUACACAAAGAGAACUUUGCAUUAUCUCAAGAGGCGGCCAUCAUUCAGGAAGAAGCCAUCUUUCCCUGUAAGAAGGCAGUACAAUCUCCAUUCUCUGUCUUCUCAAGAGGGAUUAAGCUCUCCACUUCCAUGAUUAACUACAAUUUCCAAUGUCUGUUGUUGUAACAAAUUACACAAUUCAAAAAAAUUGAGAAAAAAAAAAAAGACUUCAUUACAGGAAAUGUUUACUCGUGCUUGUAGGGAUGGUACAUAGAGAUGGAAUGAGAUGUAAUUUAACAUUCUGUCAACUGAAUAAGCGAGUUUCAUAAAUUCAUUGUUUGUUUUCUUCUUUCUUUUUUCUGCCUUAUUCUUCUUUUGGAGUUUAGUGCAGACGUUAGUAAAUGUUUUACUGACCAAUAUUCUUUU